UUUCGUCCUGCUUUGCUCCAGUUUGCGCGGCCCAUGUUCUCAAUAAAAGGCUUUCUCGCCCCUUGCCACGCGGGGGGGGGUGGCGCGCGAUGGGUCGGUGCGCGCAGAAGAGAAAGCGCAUAACCACCCGGGAGGGAGGGCACCUCCUUUCCUGCAUCACUUUCACCUUCUCUCAGCUCCUGGCUCACUUUCACCUUCUCUCCGCACCGGUGGCAGGUGCCCUAACCCUAACGCGGGCGAUCGCGCCUCCUGUCUCCGCCGCACCUUCUCCCCCGGGGUCGAGGCUUGUUCUCCGGGACCAUGUCGGGGGCGAUCGAGGACUGCCUGCUGGAAGCCCUGGAGGACUUGGACAGGAGCGACCUGGAGCGCUUCCUCUGGAAGCUGGGCAAGCUCCCGGUCCGCCGGAGGUACAAGAAGAUCCCGCGGAGCCGGCUGGAGAACGCCACCCUGUUCCGAGUGGUCGACCUGCUGCUCAGGUUCUACACGGAGGAAUACGCCCCGCGGGUGACGGUCCGGGUGCUGAAAGGCAUCAACUGCAUGCAGCAGGCGGAGAGUCUGAAGGAGACCCUGGAGAUCGAUACUACCAGUUCUGAAUCCUCUGACAACGAAGAAAGCGAUGAGAGCUCUGAUUCUGAUGACGACAGCCCAGAAGAAGAUGAUGCUAUUAAGAAGAGUGAUUCUCCAAAGGUGACAGCGGGGCAGAAUUCUGCAUUUCGGACUCAGGGACUACAGAAGUUGCAACCAGGUGCUGGGAGUCAAGGGGCAACUGCGAGGGGAAAUGGAAAGGAGACACAAGGCAAAAAGGAGGACAUAUCGGAAAAAGCAGAUAGUUCGGAUUCUGAGUCUGAUGAUGAUGACAGUUCAGAAGAAGAUGAUGCUAUUGCUAUUAAGAAGAGUGAUCCUCCAAAGGUGACAGCGGGGCAGAAUUCUGCAUUUCGGACUCAGGGACUACAGAAGUUGCAACCAGGUGCUGGGAGUCAAGGAGCAACUGCGAGGGGAAAGGGAAAGGAGACACAAGGGAAAAAGGAGGACGUAUCAAAAAAAGCAGAAGCCUCCGGUUCUGAGUCCGAUGAUGAUGAUGAUACGUCCAGUUCUGAAUCCUCCUAGGAUGAAAAAGAUUAGUUUAUCUCCUUUGACUAGAUGUGGCACAAUACUAUGCUAAACAACAAGCAACAUGAAAAUAUCAUUACAAAGGAAAUCAAUCAGGACAAAAUAUGGGAGUUCUACAAUGCCAUGCCUACCUAAGACAGCUUUUGCAAAAAUCAGCUGUAUGAAACACUGAAGGCCACCAAUCUACAUCUCAUGAAUGACUCUGUAAGGAAAGGAAGCAACAGAGUAAACAGGAAGUUAUUUAAAACUGGUAUUUCUUUUCAAAUUUAUUUCAUAGGGGAUAUGAGUAGAGUUGGCAUGAAUCAGAAAAUGGUGGUUUGUAGUGGGGUUAUAGGUUGUGGCUAACCACAUUGCAGAAAACUAAGCACAUGCUUUGGAACUACCAGCAGAAACAAAUGCUGUGGAAAUUUUCAUGAUUGUUUAAGACUGAUCUCCUGGUACAUUCCUGAUCUGCCAAAUCAUUUCAUCCACUCCACUUUGUUCUUAGAUAUUCUGACCCUGGAAGUAGAAUAAAAUCUGCCUUUAUUUGAAAACCAUUCAGCAAAUAGAAAUAACUUGACUCUAUAGGAUUGUUUCCUUAAACCUUUUUUAAAACGAUGUGACCAAGUACUAUGAUGUAGAAAGAUUUUUUUAAAAAAGACUAAACAUAAAUACACAUUGCAAAGGAAACUUUUGAGGAGUAUCAAUAAAAACUGAAAGCAAACACCAUUUGAAGAAUUGGAGAAGAGUAUUGUGCAUAACAAGAUAGUAACAAAGCUUCCUCCUCAGAGGUAGCUUUGAGAUAGAACCAUUUCUAUUAGAACUACAAUUAUGUAUUUAAAAUGUGAUUACAAAUAGUCAAUGUAUUUUCAUACGCCUUAUAGUAUAGCUAUGUCCAAAGUAUAUCGGGAUAUGGCCAUUCCUUGAAAAACCAUUCUUGUAAUAACAAAGGGGCCCCGUAAAAUAAUAAAUUCAGCUCCUUCCUAAGGAGGUAUGAAUUUACCAUGUUAGGAAGACAAGCAGAUUCCUCGAGGAAUGUUUUCACUCUGGGUCAUAUCCAUGUGAAGUAAACUUUAAAAGAAAUACCAGUUUUAAUUACUUAUUGGUGCCUCUUUCUGCCUCCUCUAGAGCUUUCCAUGCAUUCUUAAUUCUCUGGAUUUUCUAUACUGAAACCCUAGCGUGUGCAUCUACUGCUUUUCCCUGCUAGCAUAAUUAAAUGCUUUCUGAUGCCUCA